AUGAUUAGAGCGCUGCAAAUCAAUCUCAAUCACUGUGAGAUUGCCCAAGACCUACUUAUGCAAACUGCACGAGAGCUAAAGUUAGAUAUAGUUCUAAUCUCAGAACCCUAUAAGCAGCUCAGUAGCCUAAACUGGAUCACCGAUGUGCAUGAAAAAGCUACCAUCUGGGCAUGUGGCACGACACCUCUCCAGGGUAGCCAAAGAAAGGGCUCCGGAUUUAUAAGAGCCAAAUUCGAGGGCAUACAAUUUUACAGUUGUUAUGCACCACCUAGCCUAACACAGGAAGAGUUUGCUGAGUUCCUGGACCAAUUAGUGGAAGAUGCCCGAAUGUACUCUCCUGUAGCCAUUGCUGGAGAUUUUAACGCAUGGGCUGUAGACUGGGGUAGUAAAGCGACCAAUACGAGAGGCUGCCUGCUUUUGGAGGCGAUGUCGCUACUGGACGUCGUCUUACUCAAUACAGGCGAUAAGCCCACGUUCAUAAAAGACGAGGCGAGUUCAAUUGUUGAUCUGACUUUUGUUAGCAGUACACUGGCAAGAGGAAGUAACAGUUGGGGGGUCUCCGAUAUUUACACCGCUAGCGACCACUGUGCCAUAUACUGGGAGGUAUCACCUAAUAAAUUGUAUGCAAAUAGAGUACAAGUACCAUGUACAAGAGCUAAUCCAGUGGGCUGGAGAACUAGCACGUAUGAUCCCGGCCUGUUCAAGAUAGCACUUGAAGAUCGACCGUUGCUGGGCAAAAGCGCAAGUGAAAAGGCAACUGAAAUCACAUUGAGACUGACUAAGGCCUGCGAUGCAACAAUGCCACGGCGACACAGUAACAAGCGAUUUCUACCGGUGUACUGGUGGAAUGAAAACAUCUCUGAGCUGAGGAUAAAAUGUGUAAAGGCUCGCAGAACGGCUCAACGGGCUCGGAAAACGCCACUAUUUGAGCAGCUUUACAACCAGUAUAAAGAAGCACGGUUAAAAUUAAAUAAAGCCAUUAAAGAGAGCAAGAGAAACACAUGGACCAUGCUAUUGGAAGAGGUUGAGAAGGACCCAUGGGGCAGGCCAUACCAGAUUGUCGUUAAGCAACUGAGACAAGAAAAAUCAACGCCCACCUGUCCUAUUCUACUGCGAAAAAUUGUAAGUGUCUUAUUCCCGACGCAACCAAAAUCCUCCUUCCAACUUGGGGUUGAGGAAUCAUAA